AUGACGUCCCGCAUCCUCCUCCCGCUGCUGCUUCUGUGCGUGCGUCUUGCGGCGGCGGACCGCUUCAACGUGACGGCGCAGCGCUGGAAGCUCUCCACCGGCUCAUCGUCGGCGCUGAUCGCCUUUGCGAAAACCAAUGGCCUGCGCCCGGUCGACGUCGAGGUACUGUCCGUGACGCCGCGGCGCUACGCGGCCGUGUUUGUCGACAACCGUCCGCCCAACUCCAUGCCGUGGUUCUGGUACGAGUCGGUCACUUUCGAGGAGCUGACCGAGCUCACGCGCCGCGACGACGCCCGCGCCAUCGAUUGGGAGACCAUCUUCCCGCCCAAAAUCAUUCCAGACCCCGUAUACACCGCCGUCGCAGUCGCCAACGUGGGCCCGGCCGCGAAGGUCUGGUACUACUACACCAAUGUGCCGGCAAACGGGAUUGAAAGCAUUUUGAUGGAGACGAAAACUAAGGUCGUGGACUUGGAUAGCUUCUUCCCGGGCUUUCACCCCCGCAGGUUGUACAACCUGCUCAUGGUGCCUAAUGAGGACGCGGACCGCGCGGACUCGUUCGUCUUCUCCGGGCUGGGCGUGCGAGCCAUCGAGAAGCUGUUGAAGGACCGUGGGGCGCGACUUGUUGACAUGGAGAGGGAGGAGGACGGCGUCUACGCAGGUGUCAUGGAGAGAAUCGUCGUGCCAGUUAAGUGGCUGUGGGUCAGGGGGUUGACGAUGAAGAGGUUGGAGCUUAUGACCACGAGGAGGGAGAUGCGUGUCUAUGAUCUCGAGGUGUACACGAUUGGGAAGUCUGUUAGAUAUGAUGCCUUGAUGAUUAAGAAUAAGCUGUGAGUAGGAGUCGCCAGUAUCUUUUGAUUUUCUUGUGUCAAAAGCUCGCUGCAAUUCGCCGUUUUCAGUACUGUACAUGGUUUGUCUACAUUAGAAUUGUACAUGCA